AUGAAGUUCUUCGCCUCUUUCGUUGCCAUUGGCCUCUUUGCCGGCUUCUCCUUGGCCCAAGACACUGUGCAGACUGCUCACGUCACUCUUCGUUCGGAGGGCGAUGAUCACUCUUACCCUCUGGCUGUUCCGGCCGAUGGAAACCCCGUCUUGACAUACAGCACCCUUCCAAUUCAGCGGAUUGACGCCCCCGACUUCAACGUUCUCGAGGCGUGUGUUAUCGAGACUCCCGGGGCGAAGAAUCUGAGCAGCACCAUUGCUGCCGACGGUGUGACACAGCAGGUUGUGAUUGAUCCCCCCCAGGCGGUUACCAGCAUCACCUGCCAGGGGACUUGCGUUGAGACUUAUGGUUCCUGCUUUGGUCCGGACGGCCAGUACGUGGGAGCUUGCUGCAAUGGCCUGUGCAUUGCGUCCAAAUGCAAGCCUUGGAACAUUGGCUCGCAGGCGUAA